GAAGAAUUUAUAUAAAAUAGACCACUGACAAUAGGUCUGCAUCAGUCAACCAGCAGUGUUUUCGAAGAUCGAACCAACCACAUUCACCGCGCUACAAUGAAGUUCACCAUUUCCAUCAUUGCAAUGACUAUGGCUAUCGUCGUCAAUGCAUCACCCGAUCCAUACGUUCAAGAUGUUGUGUCGUACUCCAGCCCAUGGCCCCUGAAGACCAGCACAGUUUGGCCCGCAUACGGCGGAUUGUAUGAUGGUAAGGUAGCUGUGGUUCCAGAUGUUGCCUACGGAAAAUACUCCUACCCGAACGUGUAUGGAAGUUGGCCUGUAUAUGGAAAGAACUGGGGAUACUCUUCGCCAGUUGUUGCCAAGGUAGUGGACAAUGGACUGUGGAAUUAUGGUGGUUAUGGGUAUGGCUUCGGACAGAAAAAGUACUGGCUGUAAACCUAGGUCAAAUUUAGUACUGUCUAUGACGAAAUAAAUAA